AUGUCGGUCCAGAUAGGCCCAGGAGGCUACGGCACCACGCUUUUGGCCGUGGCCUGGGCGGAAUUUGCAAUUGCUCUUCUGUUGCUGUUGGCCCGCACGUAUACCACAUGGAGGAUCACCCGACAUGUCAAGAUUGACCUGCAUCUGACGCUACUGACAUUCGCCGUCGCCGUCACUAGUAUGGCUUUCUUGACACUGAGCAUCACCUAUGGACUGGGCGAGCACAAGAAUUUGCUGUCGCCCGAACAAAUCUCGUUGAGCAUCAAAUGGAGCUGGAUGAAUCAGGUGCUGGCGAUCUUUGCGAUUGCCCUGGGAAAGUUGGCGAUCGUGGCCUUUUUGCAGCAAAUUCAUGGACCCGAGGACCGUGGCAAGGUGAUUCUGCUGUGGGGGGUGGCUCUCAGCAACCUGGUGAUCAACACCAUCACCAUUGGCAUGAUCCUCACCCAGUGUACCCCUCGCCACAAGCUCUGGGACGAGGAGGUCCCUGGCAAGUGUGAUGGGCGUCUCCGAAACCAAAAUACCGCGUACUUCCAAGGAAGCUGGUCCGCUCUUUGCGAUCUCAUCCUCGCCCUAUAUCCUGUGGUCUUUUUCUGGAAUGUCCGACUGAAUAUCCGUGUGAAAGUUGGACUCUGUGUCUUGAUGGGCCUGGGCGUGAUUGCUUGCGUGUGUUCCAUCGUCAAGACCACCUAUCUCCAAGUGUUGUCAGAAACACAUGAUCCUACGUACUACAUUGCCCAACUCAUUACGUGGAACGAAACCGAGAUGUGGGUUGUGCUGAUUGUCGGAUGCAUUCCUCCCAUUCGACCCCUUUUGAUGGUGGUUUUCCACAAAGUCGUGAGCACCGCGCGAUCGGCGACCGGGCGAACCGAUAAAAACCGCACCGGCACCGAGCUGCAGUCCUACUCCCACGCUUCUCGACCACAGGCCAAAUCUCGGUCGCCAGGAACAACGCAACUGGGAAGUUCGCUUGAUGCGAAAGAUAGCGAGGAAAAUAUCCUAUCGCCGGACGCGAACAUCGUCAAGACCACCGACUUCAGUUUGUCAUACGAAACGGGGUCGACCUCACACCCUGGCGACUACCAAUCUCAGGUGCUUCCCAACGAAAGGUUAUGA